AUGCUGACAACCAUACUCGUGUUAGGCGUUUUGGCUGUGAUUUUCGCUCCGCUUGGCAUCAUUGGUAAAUGGUUUUUGAAUUUAUUUGUCAUUGGAAGAUAUCCCGAAAUUGUCAUCAUUGGCAGUGGUAUUUCGGGUUUGGCUUGUGGAGCCAUUUUGUCAAAAGCUGGAAAGAAGGUGAUUGUUUUGGAACAAAAUAAGACAGCAGGAGGAUGUUUGCAUACGUUUAAAAGAGGAGGAUUUCCGUUCGAAGCCGGAAUUCAUUAUAUCGGUAAUUUUGAAGAAGGUGGAGGCUUAAAGGUGCUUCUAGAUUCAUUGUGUGACAAGAAAAUAGAAAUGGAUGAAUUAUGUAGCGAGUACGACGAUGUUGUAAUCUAUGAUACAUUAUCAGAUCAAUUAUUGAAAAGAAUUGCCAUUCCAAAAGGAAAACAAAAUUAUGUGAAUUGUCUCCAUAACGCCUUUCCAGACGAGAGACAAGCCAUUGACAAGUACAUGCAACAAUACGAAGAGACUUUGAAAACUUUGAAUGAUUAUCGAGUGCCAUACCUAUUUCUCAAACUACUACCUGUUUGGAUUGCCAAACUGGCUGCACCAAUUCUUUGUGCACCCUAUUUCAAGCUGGUCUCUACAAGUGUGAAAAGCAUUCUCGAUUCAUGCACCAAGAACAAGACCCUCCAAAAUUGUUUGGCUUAUUUCUAUGGAGACUAUGGUAUGCAACCAAAGGAAUGUCCAAUCAAUGUACACUAUAAUGUGCAAGCUCACUACAUGGAUGGAGCGUAUUUCCCAAAGAAGGGAGCAGUGGAAAUUGUAGAAAGUUUAAUUAAGGUCAUUCGUAAGAGUGGUGGUGACGUGUUUACCAAAGCCAAGGUUGCCUCAAUUAUGAUUAAGAACGGAAAGGCCACUGGUGUGCAAAUGAGCAAUGGCGUGGUCAUACGAGCCAAUGCAGUGGUUUCAAGCGCAGGCGUUUACAAUACUUUUCAGAAUUUGAUUUCAGCAACAGAUGUUGCCAAGUACAAUUUAAAGAAUCAAAUCAGCAAUUACCAUCCAAGUCAACAAACGAAUUGCAUCUUUAUCGGAUACAACAAAACAGCGGAGGAACUUGGCUUAAAGUAUCAAAAUUGUUGGUUCUCAACAAGCAAUGAUCUGGAUGGACAACGUGAACGAUACAUUCAAACUGAAGAUGGCUCCAUUGAUCCCAAGCAAGGAAUUGACAUUCCAGGUUUACUCUUCUCUAUUAAGCCUCAAAAGAACGGUACUUAUAUUACAUGCUGUUUUGAGACCAAGUAUGAAUGGUUUAAAGAAUGGGAACACCAACGAUGCAAGAAACGAGGAGCUGGUUAUCUCGAAAUCAAGCAACGUUUGACAGAAAGAGCAUUAGAAUUAUUGUACUUGGCUUACCCUCAAUUGAAAAAUUUCACACCUGAUGCUUUGGACUCAUCGACGCCACUCACUUGUCAACAUUAUCUAGGCUGUGCCUUUGGUGAAAGUUAUGGAAGAAAGAUGGAUGCAGACUUUUUCACUAAUUUGGAAGUUGGAAGACCAGAAACACCUAUCAAAGGUCUCUACCUCACUGGUCAAGAUACCUUCUCGUUGGGAGUGGCAGGAGCUCUUGUUUCUUCCAUACUAACAACCACUACAUUACUUCACAGAAACAUGUUUGGAGAUUGGUUUGCAGCAGUCUCUAAAGAACGACGUCGAAUCAAACAAGAUAAGAAGUUACAGUAG